AGCUGAGUCGCUGCUCCUGCUGGGAAUCGCUGCUUUUGUUAUUGGGUUUCGGGCCGGAGCGCCCUAGGCCGGGAGAUAGACGGUGCUUGAGUUCGUGGAAGGAAUAGGGAUGGAUACGAACAUGGAGCGGGAGUGUAGCGCCCUAGGGGGGCUUUUCCAGACUAUCGUUAACGAUAUGAAGGCCAGCUACCCGACCUGGGAAGACUUUGUCAGCAAAGCAACCAAGCUGCAGUCCCAUCUCAAGACUAUGAUCAUAGUGACCGGUUCCUUCUUGGAUGCCUUUCAGAAGAUAGCAGAUAUGGCUAUUAACACAAGAGGAGCAACCAAAGAGAUCGGGUCCGCACUGACGAGGAUGUGUAUGAGGCACCGGAACAUUGAGUCCAGACUGAAGCAUCUGACCGUAGCGCUGACCGACAACUUAAUUAACCCGUUGGAAGGCAAGAUGGAGGAGUGGAAGAAGGUGGCCAACCAGCUUGAUAAAGACCAUGCCAAAGAGUACAAAAAAGCUCGUGCUGACAUCAAGAAGAAAUCCUCUGACACCAUCAAGCUGCAGAAGAAGGUGAAAAAAGGCAAAGACGAUGCCCGGUUGCAGCUGGACAGUGCCCUUCAGGAUGUUAAUGACAAGUAUGUCGUCCUGGAGGAGACGGAGAAGAAGGCCGUGUACAAGGCACUCGUGGAGGAGCGGGGUCGAUUCUGCAUGUUUGUGUCCUUUCUCAAACCUGUUCUGGACGAGGAGAUCGGGAUGCUGGGGGAAAUCACUCACCUACAGACCAUCCUGGAAGAUCUGAGCAGUCUGACUGCAGAACCCAGCAAGCUGCCUCCCAUGAGCGAACAGGUGAUACACGAUCUCAAGAACUCCGAUUACAAUUUCACCUACCAGACCCCGCCCGGCUCACCAAGUGGAACACUGUCACGGAAGGCCAGCACCAACAGCUAUAUGCAUGGAUCCAUGCGCCACGUUCCCUCUAUGGACUCUAUCUCAAGCUCUAUGGAAGCACUGCACGUUCGGCCCCCCUCUACCUUAAUGCUGGAGAGCAUGUUCCAGGAUCCAAGGCUGAACAGCAUCCAGCAGCCACCAACACCCACUGGGCUUAGCGGGGAGAACGGGACCAUGAAACCCAGCCAUACUGUAGAUGGAGCUCGAUCUUUGGGGUUACAUACCAUGAACAAGCCCAAGUCUCAUCGGGAUCACUUGGCCUUGGCUUUGAGUCAGGGUCUCAGCUCUGAAAUGCUUCUCAGCAGGGACUCCUUGCACUGCUCCAGUGGAUACAGCACCCAGACCACGACCCCGUCCUGUUCUGAUGACACUAUUCCCUCUCAUGCCGUAAAGAAGGAGCCGUCUGCUUUUGUUUCAGACUAUGACUAUAUCUCUCUGCACGGGGAGCAGGAAGAACCGGAACAGUUGGAGUUUGACAAGUCAUCCACCAUUCCCCGCAACAGCGACAUCAGUCUGAAUUACAGAAGAAUGUUCCAGGCCAAGCGGCCGGCAUCCACGGUCAGUCUGUUGGCCGACUCUGAACACCGUUCUCCCUACGUGGCCACCAUCAAGAGGAAGCCUUCCAACAAGCCCACACUAAGGCGAGGUACAGUCAGCGGGGUGCCAAUCCCCAUCCGACCACCGGUGGUGCCCUUGAAGGCCACAAACUACCCAGAAGUACCCAUCAGCCCUUAUGGGGAGAGGUCAAACAGCGAAGAGUUUGCAUAUUUUUCUGACGGAAGAGGAGACCUUUCCCAGAUGAAGCCGGGCCUGUGCACCUCAGCCCAAAGCCUCAACGCCCUACAGACACCAUGUUGUGCCUUCAUACCAAAGCAAUCCUACUCCUACUCACAGUGCAUCAAUCAGCAGCCCCCCAGCCCAAACAGAGUGUUUACCAUUCAUUCUGCAGUAGUCGAUGGAAACUCCGUCUCCCACAUAUCAGCGCCAAGUAUCGUACAGAAUGUGCAGAGCCAAGAGAGCAGUGGCAGUCCAGCGGGCAGUCCUCAGCAGGAGCCUCAGGAUGAUAUGUUAUCCAUGAUCCGGCGAGGCGUCAAGCUUCGGAAAACAAUCAGCAACGAUAGGUCAGCCCCGCUGAUAAAGUGAGGGCCCCACGCCGGGUCCCCCCUUAUGCACAGUAGUUGCCUUUCGUUAAAGACUUUUUAUUUUAAUGUUAUUUUUGAGACUUGAAGUUCAGUAGGACCUGUAAUUCCACACUCAUCAUCUGUAUUGCUGUAUAUUUUAUUUUUUCCAUCGGCGCGUUCUGUAAGUCGCCCGGCUCAGCCAAUAACUGCCUUUCUGCCUUUUAUCUGGGUUUUAUAAUGCGUGCUUUGGAUUUUAGGAAAUAAGGUAGUUUUAAGGGUUUUGGAACUUCAAGUUUCUGAUUAGCUUUCUAUAUACCGCGUUUAGUACAUGUUGGGCGGCCCUGCCCACAUCAAGCAGCAUAGUGUACAUAGUUUUAUAGUUUUAUACCGUGACGGUUCAUUUUAUCGGUUAAGGUCUGACCCACUGGUUCCUCUUAGGGGGCGAGAUAUGCCCCGUCCAUCAGUUCAUUUGUAUGAGCAUCUCUUUAGUUGUGUUUCCAGAUAGAAGUGGAAACUGCCAUGUUGCUUCUUGCUGAAGACUGAACACUGGAGUUAAAUUGCACAAGUUCCAUUGCCAAGGUAACCAAAUUCUACAUGUGACUAUUGACAUUGGCACUUGUGCAAUUGAGCACUUAUGUUUAUGUAUUAGCCUUAGGGCUACAUCAGGAAUCAUAAGACCCUUCUCUCCAAUUAUUAACCUAUUGGUUACCGGAGCUCUAUGAGGUGUGCGCUACCAACAAGUACAUUGGGGCCCCAAUAAUAAAAAUACCCAUACAUUUCCAUGCCCGUGACUCUCUUUGAUCCAACCAAAUCCCACCCACUUGCCUGUUAUCCCUGCCUUAUUUGUGACCUGCAAAUUUCUCCCAAUAGCAGUACCCCCUGUCAUCGGCCCAGUGGAACAGUCUUUUCAGUUGAAGGUGCCUGAAGUAUCACAUUCUGGCUAAAUGGCAUUGCCAUUCUUACAGUUAAAGGAAAACUAUACCCCCAAAAUGAACACUUAAGCAACAGAUAGUUUACAUCAUAUUAAGUGGCAUAUUAAAGAAUCUUACCAAACUGGUAUAUAUAUAUAUAUAUAUUUAAGUAAAUCUUGCCCUUUUACAUCUCUUGCCUUGAACCCCCAUUUUGUGAUGGUCUGUGUGCUGCCUCAGAGAUCACCUGACCAGAAAUACUACAACUCUAACUGUAACAAGAAGAAUUGUGGAAGCAAAAGACACAACACUGUCUGUUAAUUGGCUCAUGUGACCUAACAUGUAUGAUUUGUUGGUAUGUUUGUGAGUACAGUGAAUCCUACGAUCCCAGGGGGCGGCCCUUAAGUUUUAAAAUGGCAAUUUUCUAUUUAGGCAUACCCAAUGGCACAUACUACUAAAAAAAAGUAUAUUAUUAUGAAAAUGGUUUAUUUACAUGAAGCAGGGUUUUACAUAUGAAAUCAAUAUAUUUUCAAAAAGACCUACAUUGUUUGGGGGGUAUAGUUUUCCUUUAUACAGGGCUAAUUGUGCAGAUUUACUGCAUCAGAGACAAUAUGGCAGCUCCCACUCCUACGUACAGUGUAAGUAUUCACAAAUGAUAUGUCCUGAUAAAUAAAUAGGCCGUAACCCAUCUUCUAAAAACACAGCCCUUUAGCAAGUUCUAAGCCAGCGCAACCACCAUGCUUCCCUGUGAUAGACCAACGUGCCUCUUAUUAAGCAAAAGAGAAGAUUUCUCCCCAAAACAUGAGGGAUCAAGAAGUGCCGGCCUAUUAAUCACCUCAUUCCUUAUACAGCAUCAGCUUUACUGUCCUAGAGGUGCUACAUCAAAUAUAAACCAGACUGAGUGCUCAUAAUGCAAACAAACAACCCCCUCUCACCAGCGCUAUGGUAUGUGCAAACCAGCUACUUUAUUUUGCCCCUAUAACAGUUAUACGUUGCUUAGCAACAGCCUGUCGGACACUAAUUUGCACUCGUUAUUUCCUUUAAUGGCUUGCGUAAUCAGGAGGCAGGGCUUUUAUCACGGGAGGGGGGGGAUUUAAGGGUCUUUAUGUUUAACUACAGUGAAGAUAUUUAUGAUUUCUGCCCUGGAAAUGUCCAUAAUUAUUGUGCAAUAUUUGGAUUGGGCGCCAUCUGCAGAAUCCUAUGGUAUUAACCCUCAAUGGGCUAGCAGCAGAAAACCAAAAACAACCCCCACUAUAUUGCUUUGAGGUCCCUCUGCAAUUCCUCUGAUUUUUCUUGGGGGGGGGCGGGAUGGUAAUUUAAUACAAAAGAUGUAAAAAAUGAUUUCUCGCAGACAAUAGUGGCUUCUUUUUUUUUUAACACUUUAUAAAAAGAAUGUGGCGAAUUUCCAAUUUAUUCCUAGAACCAUUUUAUUUGGCUUUCCUAGUUACUGUUAAAACAAUUACAAAAAAAAAA